AUGGCUGCUGCUGUGGAAAGGCUGCAGAAACUGCAGAAGGAAAUCACCUGUGGUGUCUGUCAGAGUUACUUCUCUGAUCCAGUCACCAUUGGGUGUGGGCACAGCUUUUGCCGAACAUGUCUCUCCUUGAGCUGGAGAGCUGGAGCUGGAGCUUUCUCUUGUCCGGAAUGCAGGCAAGUGCCCCAGGUCAGAGAAUUCCCAGCAGUCAACAGGCGCUUAGCACAGCUGACUGAGGUGGGCAAAGAACUCAGCUGCCAGGUUUUGCAUACUACUGAACAGCAGCACCAGUGUACCACUCAUGAGAAAGGCCUCAAGCUCUUCUGUGAAGAUGACCAGACAUCAGUCUGUGUGAGAUGUUCCCAAAGCCCAGAGCAUGGGGCUCACAUGCUGUCUCCUAUAGAAGAGGCUGCUCCCAGAUGCAGGGAGAAGCUCCAGAACAUCUUGGCUCAGGUGGGGAAGAAAGUGGAGGAAGCUGAGACACUUCUUGUUCAGGAGGAGAGAUUUGCUGUAGACUGGCAUUCAAUGAUUACAAGAGAAUACUGCAAACUGUACCAAUUUCUGAUGGAGGAAGAAUCCAGAUGUCAUGAAAGGAUAAGGCAAGAGCAAAAUGCACGCCAGGACAUGAUCUGCCAGUAUCGAAAAAGGCUUCAGACACUCGUGGUGGAUCUCCAGGAAGCAGGUCACCAACCCAACUUGGACCUGCUACAAGAUGUCAAGCAGCUUCUGGGAAGGAGUGAGUCAGUAUUGGCCCUAAGGGCCAAGACUGUCACCCGAGAACUGAGAGAAUAUCCCAUCCCUGGCACGAUAGAGAUGUUGAACCAAUUCAGGGUGGACAUCACAAUGGAUCCCACAUCAGCCAGUCCCAUUCUGACUGUUUCUGAGGAUCUGAAGAGUGUGAAGGCUACAGAAGGCUGGCAGGUGGAGAACAAGCAUCCUGCAGACUCUAAUCUCCAUAUUGUCCUUGCUGAGCAGGCUUUCAGCUCGGGCAGACACUACUGGGAGGUGGAUGUGAGUCAACUACCUCAGUGGGUCCUGGGGAUACAUUCUCCCUACAUGAAGAGAAAAAGGGGCAGAAAUAUGAACCCCUGGGCCAUUGUGUUCCUGCUCGGAUGUGUCAAAAAGGAAAAUGAUUACUAUUUGCAAACCUUUCCUGGAUCACUAAAUCAUAGAGUGAAAGAUCCUAUACCUAGGGUUGGAGUCUACCUGGAAUAUACCUCUGGCUCUGUUGUCUUUUACAAUGUUCUCCAGUGCUCCCUAAUUUAUGGAUUUCAUGCAAUUUCAUUUACAAAACCUGUCAAACCCAUUUUUUCUCCUGGCCCCCCACUUCUAGGAACAGAGGCUGGUCCCAUGACUCUCUGUCCAGUGAACUCUCAUCUUUCUGCUUGCUGCUAUUCAUCCCUCUGA